UUACAAUAUGCCAAUAUUUAAUCACCGAUGCACCUUCAGGAGGUAGCACUCGCCGCCGCGCGCCGCGGCGAACGUCUCCUCGCGCGGGUGCGCCGCGACGUGGAGGACGCGGUUCGACGCGUCCGGGGCGUCGAUCGCGUCCGCCGGCGCGCCGGACUGCGGCACGCGCGGCGGCGCGGCGCCGUUCGCGUCGACGAGCUCCGCGUCCAGCGCCAGCCCCGUGGCGGCGUCGCGCACGGCGCACCGCCCGUAGCCGCCUGUGUGGACAUCAACCAGUGUGUCGGGUCGAGCGGCGAGGAACCGGCAUCGCCACGCCAUCGAGCAGGCGUCGCGUCGAUGGCCUCGAGGUUGACGGGAAGAAUCAAACGCGCCGUAACAUUUGAGUUCCACACGGGGAGCCGCCCGUCGCCACGGCGCCGUCGCCCCGGCAGGCGCACACCUCGAACUUGUCGAAGAUGCGGUCGGCCUCGUAGAGGUCCGCGAGCUUCGGGCGCAGGUGGUCGUGGACGCCGGCGGCGUGCACGGGCUCGCGGGCGCGCCGCACGUCCCAGGUCCGGCAGCACAGGAAGUCGCGGGUCACGACGAAGCGGCCGUCGCCGUCGAAGCGCGCGUCCGAGACCGAGGCCACGAUCUCCGCGAAGAACGACGCGGCGUCGUCCUCGCCCCCCGGCGCGGGCGGCCGCCGCGCCGCGGCGUCGAGGACCAGGCUCGGCCGCGUGCAGCGCGCCGCGGCGCGCAGGUCGAAGAGCCGGACGGCGCCGCGCGACGAGGCGUAGAGCAGGGUGUGCCCCUCGACCGGGUGGAAGCGCGCCGUCGUGAUGACCUCCGCCAGGUCCUCCAUGUUCGGCGGCUUCGCGUCGACGACGUUGCAGCACCGAUCCGCCACGUCCAGCCGCCAGAGGUUGACCCGCAGGUCGUCCGCGGACAGGAACGUCUCGCCGUCGGCGCACACGCUCAGCGAGUGGACGUGGUACGCGUGCUCGCGCGCGUACGUCGCCCGCGCCCGGGCCCGGGCCUGCGGCGCGCCGCCGACCAGGCGCGGCACGCGCAGCUCGUCGUAGCCGUGCUCCCGGUUCGUGUUCUCCAGGCGCGCGCCGACGCGCUCCUCGCCCACGGACCACAGCUUGAUCGUGCGGUCGUUCGCGGCCAGGACGCCGCACCGGUCGCCGCGCCCGCCGCAGAACUGGAGCUGGGAGACCUUUUCCUCGACCUCGAGGCUCUUCAGGAAGUCGAACUCGGGCUCGUGGCUCCGGAACGCGCAGAAGGGCGCGUAGCGCGGCCCGCGCCGCGCGUAGACGCGCACGCGGCCGCCGCGGUCGCCGACGCCGAGCCACGCGCCCGUCUGAUCGAAGGCGACCGAGCAAAUCGCGGCGUUCUCGUCCGGCGCCGGCCCGUUCGUCGGCGGCGCGAGGCACUGCUCGACGCGGCACCUCGGGCCCUCCUCGCCGCGAUCGGCAGCGAAGUCGGCCAUCGCAACAACACGCCGCGGUCAGCUAUUGCGUCGCGGCCGCGCGCGGGGAGGAUCUAGGCGACGGCUGCCUCUCCCUGCCCUCUUUACGCAUAGAGAUGCAUCGGGUUUGCAAUUUUCAUUUGUGUGAGUUUACUCGUGAUUAUGGCCUUUAAAAAGAGGCAGACUUUGCCAACGGGCGGCGCUCGGCCUGCGCAGAUGCCAAUGUGUGGGCCUCGGCCCCUCAGCGGUG